AAUAUGGCGUCCACAUCACAGAUGACAGUCCGCGAGUCCUCGCGGAAUCUGCUCCGCGAGAUCUUAUAACACAUCGCGAAGUCGUAACACCCUCUCGUCCUCGGGUCCAUGCGAUCAGCCGAGCUCUUCCCCGCGCGCGAACUCGACGGCCUUACGACGCGAUCGCAAAUCCGUGGCGACACGCCGCGCUCAUCCCCCGAUAUCGGCACGCGACAAGUAGCGUGUAUCAGGACAGUGUAUCGAGCAUUUCUCUCCGCUUCCGCGUGUGGAAUUAUAUUAUUACGUAAUCGUUAUCUGAAAUCCUGUUGUCCAUGCGAUGCUGGCGGGAUUAUCCUCGCUCGCCUUAAUUCGCUGACGCUCGGCUCAUAGAGAAGCGCUCGAUCGCGCGAGAAGCUUCCACGGUGUUUGUUGUACAGUUAACUUUAACGUGGAUGAACUUCACGCUUCAUUUACCUUCAUGUGUGAGACUGUGAGUACACCGCGGAUGGCCAGCGCUCUCUAGGAAGCCGAUAGAACAAAGGGCUAGAGAUUGUUGCACGAAUGACAGCAGAAACGUAAGAUGUUCGAGUCUCCGAGAAGUCUCCAGGAGGUUUGCAUUGACUUUAUCUGCGGUAACGUUCUCGCCCUAUGCAAAGUUGACUCUAGCGAUACAAAUUUCCCCAGUACUCUCAGUAGUAAUACCGUCUCCGAUCAACAAGAUAUCUGUUCACUGAACAGUAAUAGCACAGAAGUCGUUUUUGAUACUGCAACAGGUAGAACAUCGUCUAACGAUGCUCCUAUCAGCUCAGCAACUCGGCUUACCUUUAGACAUCCGGAUGCCUUCUUGCCGGCCGAAGUGUCAGAGCAAUUAUUAUCCAACUUAUGUGAGAAGAAAACGUUAUCCGAUUUAACGAUUACACUUUUUGACUCAAAGACCACUAGAUUAAGGCACGUACGAUUGAAAGAUGCGUCGACACUGUCAGCUAAAGGUUUAAGCGUCCUUAAGCAACAUAAAGUUAUAGAUUUAAUAGUAAAUGGUCUGAAAAUCACUGUUAAUGAAUUAAUAAGCUGUUUAGGCGAUUGGAGUAUACAAAAUCUUAGAUCUCUCAGCGUAGCUAAAGGAAGCUUUAUGGAUUUUUCAAGACAACGCAUGGUAGAUAUCGCAACAUUAAACAAAUUAAAGGCACUUCAUACCUUGAAUGUCUCAGGAACAGAAUUUAAUAAACAUGGCUUGGACAUAGUAGUCGAAGAUCUUCCCCUUUUAGAGAGCUUAGAUAUAUCUUGUACAAGAGUUGAUGAUAUAACACCGUUAAAAAAAUGUAAAGAUCGUUUAAAAACAUUAAAUAUGUACAAUUUAAAGAUAAGUGGAUGUGGAAAUUUAAUACCAGUUUUGCUGGAGUUAAAUGAGUUAAGGCAUUUAGAUAUUUCCGAUGAAAAAGAUCCGCAUGGUUUCGAAGUUUUUGCACCUGCUAAGCCAAAAAUUACAGAUUUUUUAAGAACUCUGAAUUGUAUGCCUCAUUUAAUAACUCUAGAUUUAUCAGGUAAAGAUGAUAUAAGUCCAAAGGAUUUAAAAAACUUUAUCGCAUCACACGUACAUUUGAGAUUUCUAGGAUUGGUACAUGCUGAUGCUUGUUACGAUGAAAGUUUUAUAGAUUCAACACACGAAGAUUAUAGACCUGAACUUGUUAUCAGUGGUACAGCAACAGAAUCCCAAAUUUUGGAAGCCCUUAAGAGGUAUACAUUCAGACCCAUAUAUCUUCAAAAAUGUCUAUUUAACUUAUUCCGCUUGACACCAAAUUUUCUCGAACCACGGGUCGAUGUGAUAAAAUUAGUGUUACCUGGAAUGAGAGAGCAUCCACAGGAGUUUCGUGUACAAAUGGCAGCUACUGCUUGUAUCUAUAAUCUCACAAAGGGUGAAUUGGCUCUCAUGAUUCAUCCAUCGAUACUUAAACAAAUAGUCGAAUUAACAUUGUUAGCAAUGGAGUCAUAUCCAACUAAUCAUCAACUUCAAAAAAAUACGCUAUUGACCCUGUGUAGCGAUAGGAUCCUACAGGAUGUUGCAUUUGACAAAUAUAGAUGCGCAAGAUUAGUUAUGAAUUGCUUGUCAACAUUUGAUGAUGCAUCCAUGAAUCGUAUGUCUGUGGCUAUUUGCUCAAUAUUAGCAGCAAAGAUAUCGACAUUGGAAACGUCUAUGCUUGGUGCACAGCCGCAAUAUAUGUUAAAGUUGCUUCAAAUGGUUAGAUCUAAGGUCGAGUCCAAAUUAGUAGAUAUUACAAUGAAGUUUACAUUAAGUGCUCUAUGGAAUUUAACGGAUGAGAGUGCUGCUACAUGCAAGGUUUUUCUUGACGAAGGUGGAAUGGAGUUAUUUCUUGAAGUACUGGAUAGCUUCCAAGGAGAAUCUAGCGUAGAAACUAAGGUUCUUGGUUUGUUAAAUAACAUAGCGGAGGUUGAUCAUUUGAGACCACGACUCAUGCAAUCUCGGUUUAUAAAAAUGCUUUCAAUGCUGCUCGAUUCCGAACACAUUGAUGUAUCUUAUUUCGCAGCGGGUAUCGCUGCGCAUCUACUUAGUGAUGGUCCUCAGUCUUGGUGUAGUAUGCCAUCGCAACCAAGCAGAGAGCAGUUAUUAGAUCAACUGGUUCAUGCUGUAACUCAUUGGCAGACACCACAAGGAGAGAUGGUUGCCUAUCGUAGCUUCCAACCAUUUUUCCCAUUGUUACGUUGUACAGAAGCAUAUCCUGUUCAACUCUGGGCAGUUUGGGCAAUUCAUCACGUUUGCACAAAGAACCCAAAACGUUAUUGUGUAAUGUUGAUCAGAGAAGGAGGAGUGGAAACUUUAAAACAAUUGGAAAAAACGCAUACAGGAUAUACAACACAGCCGAAUCUGCAAAGUUUAUGUCAAUCAAUUUUGGAAACGCUUGAAUUAAAUUCUUAACGAUAACUGUUGCUUUCCAAUUUGAAAGUUAAAUACCAGAUGGUAUACUAGUCAAUGUUUAUCUUAGUGCAAUCCUAUAUCCUGUUCUUUAGACCAAAUGAAUAUAAAAAUUAUAUAUGGCCACGAAUAAUUAUAUCACAGAGACAGACUGUAAUCAACAAAACAUACAUCACACAAAGCAUAAAUAAGUCCAUGAUAAGUCCAAAAUAUUUUAAUCGCAACUGAGUUGAAAUUGUAAUUGAAUUGAAGAUCUGAAUUGAGAAAUAGAUAUUUCUGUAUUACAAAGCAUAUUAAUGUGGAGAAUUAUAAUUUCGAAAAUUAUUAAAAUUAUUUAGCAAUAGUGUGGAAUAAAUAACAAAAGCAGAUUUACUAAAAUUAAGUAGUUUAUAAUAAUAUGCAGAUACAUCAUUUAAAAAAUGUGAUUUGAAAAAGGGGAAACAUUGUUUUUAAUUUAUUAGAUAAUUAGAUGAAUUAUUAGAUAAUUAUUAUCAUCGAUAUUUAUGUUUUAAAAUUUUAUUUAAUACUUAACUUCUCAGAGUUAUAAUUAUUGCAGAAUUAAAAAAUUAAUGUAAUGUUUGUAAUAUCCCAAGACAUACAUCUAUUUUGACGAUUUAUUCAAUAAAUAAUGAAGAUUAUGAUUUAUAUCUCAAAUUCUCUAGUCAAUUACUAUCGUAAAUAAGGAUUAAUUAAAAUUAUUUAUUUAAAAUCCUAUUUUGAACAUCCAUUAACAGAUUUUAAUAAUUAGUAAUGAGGAAAACACGAUUAUGUGUAUUAAAUUGUUUUACAUAAUUUAUAUGAAGUUCGUAAUUAAUAAAACAUGAUUCGUAGAUAUAUCCUAACAUUUCUAAUAUAAAUUUGGAAUCAUAGACUAAAAUCUUGAAUCAUAUGUUAUACAUUGACUAUUAUAUUUUUCAGAAAAUUAUUACGUCAAUCUUGAUUCUCUACAUUCAAUGAUGGAACAUACAUGUAAAAUAAGAUAUUAAAAUAAAAAUUUUGUUUAAUGUGUCAUACUUUAGUGUUUUAAAUUCAGAUCUUCAAUCUGUUUUGUUAAUAAAUCUCUUUCAUGGAAAUUUUAUUAAUAAAUAUUGAUAAAAACAUCUUGAAAAUUGAUCAUGCAUAUUACACGCCUUCAGAGAUUAUACAAAAAUCAGAGCGUUUGUAUUAAGAGAGAAAUACAUAUUAAUAUUAGAUUAUAUCUGUUAUUAAAAUAUUACGAAUUUAUAUAAACGAAAUUUAUUCUUCUGAUAUCAUUACAUGUUGACACCUAAGAUGUAAGAAAUAUCAAUUUGAAUGGUACUGAAUGUUAAUAAACAUGCUAUGCCAGCCUUUA